AUGGAGGACUACGCUUCCCAAAAACACCAUCUGACCCUUGGUCAACUGGUCACAAUCCUCGCUAGUAUCUCCCUCUUCGCUCCGGCAGUAUCAACUUUCUUCCUAGCUCCCAACGUCCGAGGCGCUCUCGAUAAACGGAAAAGAGAAGGUUCCAUCCGACUUACGGACCUAUACGAAGACGAAGAUGGUGUCGUCACUGAAGAUUCCGAGAGGCAGUACUCUGUGCGACUCCAGAAGUCGGUUGUGUUGCUCGCUGCCGCUGCCGGAACUGGAUGUUCUUAUGCGGCAUCAUUGAGGAGUAUGAUGCACAACGAUUUCAGUUUUAUUAUCGGCUGGUGGGGGUAUACUGCUGCUUGGACAUUGAUACUGUUACACUCUCUGUACUUCCAAUUCGAACGAGACUACCUCAAAACAUUCUCAUGUGCGGUCCACCUGCUCACGGCUGCAUCCAUCAUGUUCAUUGCUCGUGGCACCGAAUUCAUUCUAUCGUUCACCGAUCUACAAGUCUCCUUCAACGCUGCUGAUUGGUGGCUUUGGUCCGGCCAAGUCGUUACCGCUACAAUCCUCACAAUUGCCGCAUCAUGUGUCCCCCGCCGCCCUAGUGUCGAAAAGGACGGCAAACAAGUCGACGACGCUAAUUCUUCUUCCGCCUACUCUCUAUUAAUGUUCGCCUGGAUGUCUGAUCUUUUUGCUAAAGGUUGGAAAACAGGACAUCUCGAGGAAAGUGAUAUGAAGCUUCUACCUGCUACUCAUCGAACCAAAGAGCUCUAUGAGAAAUUCAGGGCUCUCAAACAAAGCAAUAAACUCUGGUGGACUAUUUUUAGUGCUCAUAAAAGUUACUUUGCGAUUCAGUACCUCUACCAAACGGUUAUGUGCCUGACCCAGUUCUUGCCGCAUCUCAUGAUGUUACAGAUCUUGAAGGCUUUGGAACACAGCACUAAGAAACCCAAUGGGGGUUCUGGAAACGCAUGGGUUUGGGUCGUGGGCCUGUUUGCGGCUAUGAUUGUCAACUCUACCUUUACAAAUGCUCUCUUCUGGGUGAGUUUCGGACAGAUGAACCUUUUCAUCAGAAACGAGCUUGCUUCGCUUAUCUUCAAUAAGACGAUGAGGAAGAAGGAUGUCAAGGGUGGACAAAAGGCUGAGGAGAAAGACGGAGAAGCCGAUAGCGCUACUGAUAGCGGAGCCGAAACCGAGGAUUCUACAGCCAAAGACAAGAAAAAGACUAAAGAAGAGUCCGAGGAGGAUUCUUUGAAGGGCUUACGACAAGGUGUCGUUAAUCUCAUCGCUGUUGACUCUGUCAGAGUUGCGGACUUUGGUUGUUGGAGUUUUAUCUUCUACGAAGCAGCUUUGAGUAUCGGUAUUGGUUUUGCAUUCUUGUGGCAGAUCCUCGGAUGGCAGAGCAUUUGCUCCGGGUUGGUACUUUACGUUAUUUUGACACCUAUCAACCAAUUUAUCGCCAAAAUCUACUUGGAAGCUUCCGACAAGGUUAUGAAAGUCCGAGAUAAAAAGUUAGCCGUGGUAUCCGAAGCACUCCAGGGAAUUCGACAAAUCAAGUUCGCAGCGCUCGAAGACCAAUGGCAAAAGAGAAUCGAAGACGUCCGAAAAGAUGAGAUGAACCAAGUCUGGAUUACUGUUAUUGCCAAUACCUGGCUCAUGGCUUGCUGGAUCUUUGGUCCUAUCUUCCUCGCUGCUAUCUGUCUUGGAACUUACGCUGUUAUUUACGGAUCUCUUACUCCAGCUAUUGCAUUCACUGCUCUUGCCGUCUUCCAGGAGUUGGAAUUCGCCAUGAGUAUUGUUCCCGAGUUGAUUGGAGAUAUGAUGGAUGCUAAAGUUUCCGCUGAGCGUAUCCAGAAACAUUUGGAUUCAGCUGAAAAGGAAGACUAUAUUAAGGAUUCCUCAAAGAUCGCGUUUACAAAUGCAACAAUCGCUUGGGCCUCCGAUUCUGAUGAGAAGGAGGAGGACCGAUUCGUCAUUCGAGACAUCAACAUCGACUUCCCUGUUGGCGAACUUUCAUUGAUUACCGGAGCUACCGGAAGCGGAAAGAGUCUUAUGCUUGCUGCUCUUCUCGGAGAAGCUGAUUUGUUAACUGGAUCUUUGGAGAUGCCGAGACCACUACCCAAGGCAUUGAGAUAUGAUUCAAAGGCUAAUGCUGACGGAUGGGUACUCUCUGGAUCUACCGCUUAUGUUUCACAAAUUCCAUGGAUUGAAAAUGCAACUAUCAAGGAUAACAUUCUAUUCUGCCUUCCAUUUGACGAAAAACGUUAUAAUGAAGUCAUCAGAGUUUGUUCAUUGAAGAAGGAUAUGGAAAUGCUCGAAGAUGGAGAUAUGACUGCUAUCGGCGAGCAAGGCAUCAAUCUUUCCGGGGGCCAGAAAUGGAGAAUUUCGCUUGCUAGGGCGGUGUACUCUCGUGCCGGGAUACUCAUCUUCGACGAUAUCUUCUCUGCGGUGGACGCUCACGUCGGAAAGGAGAUCUUCAAUAAUUGUUUGACUGGUGAGAUUAUGAAGGACAGAACGAGAAUCUUGGUUACACAUCACGUUCAGCUUUGUUUGCCGAAAACGGAGUAUAUCGUUGAACUUAAGGAAGGGCAGGUUGAGAGAGCGGCGUCGGUUACCGACCUUAAGAGGACGGGAAGCCUGACAAAGAUCAUUGAACAGGAAGAGGAGGCACAGAAGCACGAUCAAGAUAUGAACGAAGAGUUGGCGAUUGAGGUUAUUGCAGAAAGCAGUGGCCAAGCUAAUGGUAACACCAAUGGAACUACCGCGGUCGUCAAGGAUGCGAAGAAGCCAAGAACUUUCGUGGAGAAGGAAGCCAGAGAGAAAGGUGCUAUUAAAUUCUCUGUUUACAAUAAAUAUAUCCAAUCCAGCGGUGGUAUUCCAUUCUGGACGAUCUGCAUCGGCUUCUUCGUUGUCUCGCAGGCUCUUGGUCUUGGACGGCAGUGGUGGAUGAAGCUCUGGACCGGAUCUGAGGCCACUGCUGCAGCUGUGCACCUUCAAACGACUACUUCUUUCACUCACCACGUUUCUCAACAAUUCUUCAAGGUAAUGACAGAGGAGAAGAGUUUAACCUAUUGGCUCGGUUUCUAUGUUCUCAUCUGCUUCUUAUGCGGUCUGUUCGCAACAUUGAAAUACUUUAUCGUCGCCCUCGGAUCGUACCGUGCUAGUAUCAACCUCUUCAACAGCAUGACCCACACCAUCCUCCGCGCUCCAACAAGAUGGUUUGAUACCACCCCCGUUGGUCGUAUCCUCAAUCGUUUCAGUGCGGAUUUCACUAAGAUCGAUUCCAAUCUGGCUGGUCACAUUGCCUUCUUUGGAUAUUCUGUCCUAUCGCUCGUGGGUAUUGUUAUUGCUGCAGCAUUCAUUACACCGAUUAUGUUGGUUUGUGCUGUUGUAUUGUUUGGAAUUGGAUUGGCUAUUGCUGUUUAUUAUUUGAAGACUGCAAGAGAAAUCAAGAGAAUCGAGAGUGUGAAUAAGAGUCCUAUCUUUGAGUUGUUCGGAAGUGUUUUGUUGGGUGUUGGGACUAUCCGGGCCUUUGGUGAAGGGGAGGCUUAUAUCGAGAAGAUGGACAAGAGGAUCGACACAUACGCUCAAGCAACAUACUACACCAACCUUGCAAACCGCUGGAUGGGUAUCCGAAUGACCUACCUCGGGGCCGUAUUUAGUACUUUGGUCGGCGGUCUGGUUGUUACCUUACCGAAUAUGGAUGCCGCACUCGCCGGUUUUGCAAUGUCGUUCGCUAUGGAGUAUACCUUCGCCAUGAUCUGGGCUCUUCGCCGAUACGCCGAUCUCGAACUUGAUUUCAAUGCCGCAGAGAGAGUCAUUGAAUACUCUGUUAUUGAAACAGAAGAUCAAUCCGGUGCCACACCACCUGCUGCCUGGCCACACGAAGGAAAGGUUGAAGUAAAGGAUUUGGUAGUUGCUUACGCGGAAGAUCUUGACCCGGUUCUUAAGGGAAUUUCGUUCGACGUUAAACCCCGCGAGAGGGUUGGUGUCGUCGGCCGUACCGGUGCUGGCAAGAGUUCUUUGACACUUGCUGUUUUCAGGUUUUUGAAGGCAAGAGAAGGAAGUAUUGUGAUCGAUGGAUUGGAUAUUUCAAAAAUCACAUUGAAAGAUCUACGAAGUCGUAUUGCAAUUAUUCCACAGGAUCCCGUGCUAUUCUCUGGAACAAUCAGGUCGAAUCUAGACCCCUUCGACGAUCACACAGACGAAGAAUGCAGGAACGCUCUAUCCCGUGUCAACCUUGUCAAUACCAAUACAACAGCACCAGCAUCCGGUACCGCAAGUCCAAUACCCCAAGGCACCGCUACCCCCGGCGCCGCAUCAACCGCAGGCUCCACAACCAAAAAUACAAACAUCUUCUCCUCCCUAGACUCAAAAGUCUCGGAAGGAGGACUGAACCUAAGUCAAGGACAACGCCAGCUCCUAUGUCUAGCCCGAGUUAUUUUAACUGGAGCAUCGAUAUUGGUUAUGGAUGAGGCGACAAGUAGUAUUGAUCACGAAACCGAUGCGAAGAUUCAAGAGGCUAUCAGGGAGACGAAUUAUACAGUUAUCACGAUUGCGCAUCGGUUGAAUACUAUCAUGGAUUAUGAUAGGGUGCUUGUGUUGGAAGGUGGAAGGGUUGUGGAAUUUGAGAGUCCGAAGGCUUUGUUGGAGGUUGAAGGGGGUGUUUUUAGAGGGAUGUGUGAGCAGACGGGACAGAUUGAGGAGUUUGUAAAAGUUGCCGGGAAAGCUUGGGAGGAGAGGAGGGUGUGA